CUUAAAGAGGAGUCUUUAACAUGUCAUAUUAAAAUUUGUGAUCAUAUUAAUGCUGCUAAAGUAAAUUUUACACAUCUAAAUUAUAAUGAAAUUACUUAUCAAAAUUCACCUUGUACUCUUAAUCUACCUUGUCUUCACUUAGAAGAAAAUAAUAGCUUAGAUUCUACUAAUGAGUUAAAUUAUACUACUUAUAAAAAUCCUAUUACUGGAUGUGAAAUGUUAGAAUCAUUAGCAUAUAUAAUCGAGAAAGAUACUAUUUCAGAAAAUAAUAGCUCACUAUUUUGGAAUAUUCUUCUUGAUGAAUCUAAUACAAUUACUAAUGAGAAAAAACUUGCAAUUGUAUCAAAGCAUUUUGCUAAUAAUAUUCUAGUAAUACACUAUAUUGGAAUGAUUUUAUUAAAUGAAACUACAGCAGAAGCAAUUUUAACAGAUUUAGAAUUAUUUUGUAUUGCCAAAGGACUUAAUUUAACUCAUUUAAUUCAUUUUGGUUCAGAUGGUGCAAGUAAUAUGACUAAUGACGUUAAAGAAGCAUUUAAUAGAGAAUCUACUAAUAUUGCACUAUAUUUAUAUGAUGCAAUGGAUCAAGAUUUUUUUAUUGUUACUUAUUUUUUAGCAGAUUUGUUUUAUAUUUUACGUAAAGUAAUUAAUAUAUUUCAAUCAAAUUAUGUUUCACUUGGUGAAAUCAAAGCUCAACUAUCUAUGGCUAUUGAAAGUAUUACAACAGAGUUUAUUGGUUCACUAGGUCAUCUACCACAACUUGGCAUGUAG